AUGUACGUGUGGUACAUACAUGCGCCUGCUGCUGAUGCUGCGGUAAUCGCUCAGAAACCAAACCAAGCCCACAGACUCCAUCCAGUCCAGCAACAUGGCCAGCAGGGCGGGCGCCGCACAGCAGCGGCGCACCGGGCUGCGGCACUCGCAGCGAUUCGACCAGACGCCGGCCUCGCCCAUCCGGCCAGCCACGCUGCAUCCACCACACGCAUCGCACCUGGGCUGGGGCUAGAUUUCGGGCGCGGUGGAUCCGCAUCCUGGAAGCCAGAUCGCUCGCUCGCUGCAGCUAACGCAAAAGGCGGAUCGCCAGGGUUUGGCGCUCUUUUCCUGCUGCAAGGUCCACUGGGCUGGGCGUGGCGAGGGUGUGGAGUGCUGGACGAGGAAAUCUCGGCUGGGCGCAUUCGCAGCUAUGUAUCAACAGCCAUGUACCGCCGCGUACACGCAGUUAAGCGUUGCGGCUCGUCUACCGCGCGGGUCGCUAACACGGCUGACUCGGCGAAACAUGGCCGCAAGCGGAGGCUGCCCCCCAAGCCGCCCAAAGCCCCAAAAAAGCCCCCCUUCCUGCUGACGCACGGGCCAGCAGCCAAUCGGAGAGGCUGCAUGACGCCAACGCAGCCAACCAGCAGCCCUCCAGCAGCCCUCCAGCACCACGGCCGCGGCUGGGCUCCUGAGGCACCCAGAGCGCCGCCUUAG